AUGAGUCUCUCAUCCCGUGCACUGUUAGCUCUAGCAGCGCUUUCUUCUCUAUCUCUUGCUAAGGAAGUCGGUUAUUUUGAGUCGUCCUCCUGCGCCGAUCCCAAAGGGUUCGCAACCUGCUACGAGAAUGUAGAUACCAACUACUCAAACUGCGUAAACAACAAUUGCGCAGGGGGAGGUGAAGCCUGCUCCAAAUCAUGCGGUGGAAGCACGUCCUGCAUGAACCAGAAAUGUCCUGGCCUGGGAAUCGACUGCGUCAAGGCCUGUGAAUGUGAAAGGUCCGCUCUCCAGAUCGAUUGCGCAGGCCAGAGUUGUUGGAACCGGGUCUACUCUUGCGAGUACCAAAAUACAGUCUUGGACUUCCUCUCCGUCUGUAUCAGCCCCAACCGGGAUGGGUUACCGUAUUGGCUGACUCCGGAUGAUGCCCCUGAUUCCUGUUCCUGCAACAUGGGAAAAAUGGAGAAAAAAGAAUAUCUGAUCUCCAAUCAAAUAACCGCGUGCUCGAAUAACCGUACAAAUAUCGAGGGCAUGACCGAUACCGAUGCGAUGAUUGAGUACGGACAUGCGUGCCUAUGCUGUGGAUACAGUGCUAUUAUCUCUGCGUAUGAUUCUAUCCUGGAGCUUAACGAAGUUAGUCUUCUGUUGUUAAUGAUGUUAUCUAGUAUCUGGGACACCUGCCCCGACAUCAAACCCUCCUUACUAGGUGCAGAAGACUGGUUUGCUGGAGCUCUCACCCCCGGCCAUUGGGAAGAGUGCGGGCCAUACCUUGAGAAGUACGAUUGCGGCGGCGAUUUAGGCUAUGCUCGUGCCGAUGCCGGUGGUAACACCAAAUUCUACCAUCCUAGCAGCAUGCCGAGCAAUGGCACGAAAACAAUGUCUAAUGUGGGUGGUGUUGUCUCCACCCCUGUGAGUGGUGAUACUUUCACAUGGACAUUUGGGACAGCAUUGGAGCACGUUGUCACUGUGUCUUCGGCAGACGCUACUGUCACUGGCACAAAGACUACUGGUGGGAGCGGUAGGAGCGAUGUUACUGCAACGAGUAGCACGACUGGUACGGCAGAGAGUGACGCAAAGCCUGGGAUAGGUUCUUCUUUGACCGUUCCCUCUUGGACCAUCGCUGGAAGUGUUGGUGUCUUGAUACUAUCGACUUUGUGA